GGCAGCAGGCAGAAGAGGAAAACCAAACAGUCCAUCCAGCCCGCUAGCUGACACGCCACCCCCGCACGGCCGCACCCGAGCAGAGGAGAGGGGGUAAAAGUUUGCUUGUCUCAAAAAAAAAAAGGAGAAAAAAGGUUUGCGCCAAAAACAAACGGCACCCGAAGCGGGCAAGCAGCGGGCGGGCGCAAGCAAGCGCGAGGCAGGCAGGCCACCACCCGCCCGCGCCGCGGCAGCGCAGCAGCGCGGCAUGGGCGCAACACUAAAAAGAAGCGACGCCACCUCCUCCCCCCGACCCCGACCCCGAGCCGAGCCCCUCUCUCUCCUCCCCCGCUCCCCACGAGCGCGAGCCCUUCUCUCUCCUCCUGCUCCGCGGCGAGCGGUGGCGAGGAGCCGCGGGGUCUCGGCGUGAUCUGGCCGGUAGAAGGUGGAAGGUGGCCGGGCGGGAUGGAGGAGCGGCAGGAUGGAGGGUUUGGAGGGGGCGGGGGCGGGGCGGUGAGGGAGCUGGUGCUGAUGCAGCAGGAGCGGCGGCGGCGGCGGGAGGAGGAGGAGGAGGAGGUGCGGCGCCAGAUGUUCGGGGGAGGGGCCGCGUUCCACGCGGCGGCGGCCGCGGCCGCGCUGGGCCAGCAGCAGCAGCACCAGCACCAGGCGGCGGAGUACGGCGAGCUCGGGGGCGGCGCCGGAGGCGCGUUCUACGAGAGCGAGGCGGGCGGGUCGUCCGAGCCCGAGCCGCACGGGACGUCCUCCGACCGACCGCGCGGGGGCGGGGGGUCCGGCAGCAAGCGCACCCGCGCCGCCGAGGUGCACAACCUCUCCGAGAAGCGGCGGAGGAGCAGGAUCAACGAGAAGAUGAAGGCGCUGCAGAGCCUGAUACCCAAUUCCAACAAGACUGACAAGGCGUCGAUGCUUGACGAGGCCAUUGAGUAUCUGAAGCAACUGCAGCUCCAAGUACAGAUGCUGUCUAUGAGAAACGGCGUUUACUUGAACCCAUCGUAUCUAUCUGGAGCACUUGAGCCUGUGCAAGCAUCACAAAUGUUUGCAGCACUUGGUGUUAGUGGGAGAAAUGUAGCGGCACCAAGCUCCGGGGCAGUAGCACCACCUGUAAACCAAAGUUCAGGAGCUCGUCAUUCGUUCGAUCUGAUGAAUUCUCCUCAACAAAAUCAACCACAGCCUCUUGUGUUACCAAGCUGUCCUAAAACAACCAUUCCAGAGCCUCCGUUUCACUUGGAGCCGUCACAGUCCCACCUUCAAUCAUUUCAGUUGCCUGAAUCCUCAGAGAUGAUGUUGCGAGGGGAGUUGAUGCUGAAGCAUCACCUAACAUCAGCUCAGGACAGAGCUGAUCCACCAGGAAACAAGAUGAACUCAUUAAGGCAAGAAUCAUCCAUGUUGAACCAUUUUGAUGGAUGCUCACGUAGCAAAGAGCAGUCACAUGAUAUGGUACCGGCAAAUACACGGCAUGUGUAGCAGCUUAGGAAGUGAUUAGCAGUAACACUGCAGUCGGCACGCGAAGGCGACGUAGUUCAGCGAUCUAACCGGCAAGUCCGACAGUCGAAGCUUUGCCAAUCAUUGACCUUUCCGUUACCGCUCUAUAUAGUUGUACGUUAAUUCUUGAAGCGGCCUGAGCGCUUCAUCAAUCGGUAGUAGUAGUAGCUAGAGAGAAGAACCCUGUAAAAUAUUGCUCAUCAGAUGAUGCUCCUUUUUUCCAGUCCAUUUGAAGGCCUCAAGACUAGCAGGUAACUGAGACUAGUCUGCCAUAAUAUGUUUUAUGAUGAGCAGCAGCACAGACCGUGCUGCUUGUAAGCAUCGACAAUGCCCCUCAAUACGAGGCAGUCCAGUAGCCAGUGCUCCUGGCAAAUUCAGAAUAUAUUCUGCCGGGAACUUUUUGAAUUU